AUGACUGUCUCCGGAGGAGUCAACCCGGGGCCGCUCACGGUCCUAGUCUCAACAAGAGCCGUCCUCACCCUGCCGGACAACUCCCUGAUUCUCACACCGGCCACUGUUGCCGUCUCAGCAGAGACUGGCAAGAUUGUAUCAAUAGCCCACGAGAUCCUACCACAGUCUACCUUCCCGUCAUCGACCACAUACAUCGACUAUGGCUCGAAGUUACUCCUCCCUGGUCUUGUCGAUGCCCAUGUCCACCUUAAUGAGCCAGGCCGCACGGAGUGGGAGGGUUUCCACACGGGCACUCGAGCGGCUGCGUCAGGAGGUGUCACCACAGUCGUGGACAUGCCAUUGAAUGCCAUUCCUCCUACCACCACACUCGAGGGCUUCAAGGUGAAGCUGGCAGCCAGCAAGGGCCAAUGUUGGGUUGACGUGGGCUUUUAUGGCGGUGUCAUCCCCGGAAACGCAGAGGAACUAAUUCCCUUGGUUGAGGCUGGCGUUCGAGGAUUCAAGGGGUUCCUCAUCGAGUCGGGUGUCGACGAAUUCCCCGCCAUCUCAUCGAACGAUAUCGCGCUCGCCAUGACGACCCUCAAAGACCACCCCACGACGCUCAUGUUCCACGCCGAGAUGAUCCCGCCCAUCUCCGACUCAGUCGGCGACGCCGUGCAGCACUCGGACCCGCCGCUGGCGCCUCACGGCCAGCUCACCAGCUACCAGACCUUUCUGGAGUCACGGCCGCCUGCCUUCGAGACGUACGCCAUCGAUGAGAUCCUAUCGCUCGCUCACCUCGCGCCGGCCCUGCACCUGCACAUCGUGCACCUUUCCGCAACCGAGUGCAUCCCUCUCCUGAAAGCCGCGCGCAAGGCCGGCAUCAACAUCACCGCCGAGACGUGCUUCCACUACCUGGGGCUGGCGGCCGAGGACGUCGAGGACGGCGACACGCGGCACAAGUGCUGCCCGCCAAUCCGGGGGCAGACGAACCGGGACGGGCUGUGGGCGGAGCUGGGGUCCGGCGCGGCGGACAGCGUGAUCCGCACCGUCGUGUCGGACCACUCGCCGUGCACGCCUGAGCUCAAGCUGCUGCCGGGCCACCUGCAGCACAUCCACACCGAGGAGGACGACGUGCGCUCGCAGAUGCGCCACUCGGACUCGGGCAUCGACAUGUCGCUGCCGGAGGAGGAGCGCGCGGCCGCGCACAACAAGCUGCUCGGCGCCGCGGCGUCCACGACUGUCGAUGCGGCGGCGACGGCCGCGGAGGCCAAGGACAUGGGCGACUUCUUCGCCGCAUGGGGCGGCAUCUCGUCCGUCGGUCUGGGCCUGCCGAUCCUGCACACCACCUCGCUCGCGCGCGCCGCAACCUCCUCGGCCGCGCCGACGAUCGUCGACAUCGUCCGGCUGUGCUGCCAGGCGACGGCGAAGCAGGUGGGGCUGUCGCACCGCAAGGGCGGGCUGGCGGUGGGCAUGGACGCGGACGUGUGCGUGUUUGACGACGGCGAGACGUGGACGCUGCACAGCCGCGGGAUGCACUGGAAGAACCGCUGCUCGCCGUGGGAGGGCAAGACGUUCCGGGGCCGGGUGCGCGAGACGUGGCUGCGGGGCCGCAAGGUGUACGAGUUCGGGGGCAAGAACGGCGGCUUCGUGUGCGGGACGCCGGUGGGCGAGGCCAUCACGGAGCGGAGGACGGUGUAA